AUAUGUCAAUUUACGUCUUGGAUUUGUUUGUGAACAGUGCCGCACCUUCAUCUUUCAUUUAAAUGAUUCGAUGAUAUUUUCAGCCAAAAAAAACUAUAUAACUUUAUAAACCUGUGCAAUGUUAAUUAAAAUUAUUUCAUUUGUAUCAAUUACCCCUCAGUGAUAAGUAUUAUAUUGUUCAACAAUGGCUGGAACCGAUAGGGUUUCUUUGAGCGAUGCUAUUUCUAAUGUAGAUGUGUUGGAUGAAUUGCCUUUACCUGAUGAACAACCAUGCAUCGAGGCACAACCAUGUUCAGUAAUUUAUCAAGCAAAUUUUGAUACGAACUUUGAAGACAGAAAUGGCUUUGUUACUGGUAUAGCUAAAUAUAUUGAGGAAGCUACCGUUCAUGCUAGUCUAAAUGAGCUUCUUGAGGAAGGCCAAGAACAUGCAGUUAUGUUAUAUACGUGGAGAUGUUGCUCUAGAGCCAUCCCACAACCUAAAUCUAAUGAACAACCAAAUCGUGUUGAAAUUUAUGAAAAAACAGUGGAAGUUUUAGCACCUGAAGUAAACAAACUCUUGAACUUCAUGUACUUCCAGCGUAAAGCAAUAGAAAGAUUCUCCCAGGAAGUUCGUAGACUGUGUCAUACUGAAAAAAGGAAAGAUUUCGUUUCAGAAGCUUAUUUAUUAACCUUGGGAAAAUUCAUCAAUAUGUUUGCCGUUCUGGAUGAAUUGAAAAAUAUGAAAUCUAGUGUAAAAAAUGAUUAUUCUACAUACAGAAGAGCUGCCCAGUUUUUGAAAGUCAUGUCAGAUUCCCAAACCCUUCAAGAAUCUCAAAAUUUAUCAAUGUUUUUGGCUACACAAAAUAAAAUGAGAGAUACGGUUAAAGAAAACUUGGAGAAAGUACCAGGCUAUGAAGAGCUUUUAGCCGAUGUUGUCAAUAUUUGUGUGCAUAUGUUUGAAACGAAAAUGUAUUUGACUUCUGAAGAGAAACACAUGCUUGUGAAAGUUAUGGGCUUUGGCUUGUUCUUAAUGGAUAGUGAGCUGUGUAAUAUUAACAAAUUGGAUCAGAAGAAGAAACUACGGCUAGAUCGUAUCGAUAGGAUAUUUAAGAAUCUGGAAGUUGUACCUCUAUUUGGAGACAUGCAGAUAGCCCCUUUCAACUAUAUCAAAAGAAGUAAACAUUAUGACCCCAGUAAAUGGCCUUUGAGUAGUAGUAGUGCUCCAUCUCCGCAAGCAGACUUGAUGGUCCAUCUUCCCCAAAUACGUGAGGACCAUGUGAAAUAUAUAAGUGAAUUGUCUAGAUAUAGUAACGAAGUGACUACAACCUACAAGGAAAGUGGUAGUGAUCUAGAGAACAAAGAAACGGCUGACCUAGCAUUAAGGGGGCUCCAAUUGCUAUCCGAAUGGACCAGUGUUGUCACCGAAUUGUAUUCUUGGAAGUUGUUGCAUCCGACUGAUCAUCAUCAGAAUAAGGAUUGUCCACAAGAGGCUGAGGAAUAUGAAAGGGCAACCAGGUACAAUUACACAGAUGAAGAAAAAUUUGCACUGAUCGAAGUGAUCGCUAUGAUCAAAGGACUUCAAGUGCUCAUGGCUCGAAUGGAAACUGUCUUCACCGAUGCUAUCAGAAGAAACAUUUACUUUGAAUUACAGGAAUUUGUACAAGUUAUUUUAAGGGAACCUUUGAGAAAAGCUGUUAAAAAUAAAAAAGAUCUUAUAAGGAGUAUAAUUAUGUCAGUGAGAGAAACUUGUGCUGAUUGGAAUAGAGGUUUUGAAGCAUCUCAAGACCCUGCUCUAAAAGGUAGAAAAGAUCCUGAUGGUGGUUUCAAUAUAAAAGUCCAGAGAAGAAACGUUGGACCUUCAUCAACGCAACUUUAUAUGGUACGAACAAUGCUGGAGUCUUUGAUUGCUGAUAAAUCAGGCGGAAAGAGGACUCUACGCAAAGAUAUUGAUGGGCAAUACCUCGUUCUCAUCGACCAAUUUCAUAAAACGUCAUUCUUCUGGAAUUAUCUGUUAAAUUUCAGCGAAUCUCUAUCUAAGUGUUGUGAUUUAUCUCAGCUUUGGUACAGAGAAUUUUACCUUGAAAUGACAGUUGGACGUAGAAUCAAUAAAUGUACAGUUCGGCAUCAUCACAAUGAAGAGUGUAAUGACCUGAUAACGAUGGAUAAAAGAAUCCAAUUUCCGAUAGAUAUGUCAAUGCCAUGGAUUUUGACAGAUCAUAUACUCAAAACGAAGGAACCUUCGAUGAUGGAAUAUGUAUUAUAUCCCCUCGAUUUAUAUAAUGACAGUGCCCUUUAUGCUUUGACUAUCUUCAGAAAACAGUUUUUAUACGAUGAAGUUGAAGCUGAAGUCAACUUAUGUUUCGACCAGUUUGUAUACAAACUUAGUGAACAAAUAUUUGCCUAUUAUAAGCAGCUUGCGGCAAGUAUAUUUUUAGAUAAACGAUACAGAGUAGAAUGUGCUGCAUUAGGAGCUUAUUUGUUGCCUUAUCCUAGAGCAAAUCGAUAUGAAACUCUACUAAAACAACGCCAUGUACAACUAUUAGGUCGAUCUAUUGAUCUCAACAAGCUUAUAACUCAGAGAAUCAAUGCUGAUAUGCAAAAAUCUUUGGACUUUGCCAUCAGUAAAUUUGAGGCCGGAGAUAUCACAGGAGUUAUGGAAUUAGAUGGACUCUUACAGGUCAAUCGCUUGAGUCAUAAAUUACUGAGCAAAUGGCUAGCAUUAGAUGAUUUUGAUUCAAUGUUUGGAGAAGCUAAUCAUAAUGUUUUGGCCCCUUACGGUAGGGUAACACUGCAUGUUUUCUGGGAAUUGAACUACGAUUUUCUUCCAAAUUACGUCUAUAAUGCUGCUACUAACAGAUUUACAAAAUAUCGUGGACAAAUAGCUUUUGCACCUCCUGUACAUCGUGAUAAGCCAGCACAAAUGUCGCACCACUAUAUGUGGGGUAGCAAACCUCUGAACUUAGCUUAUACCACUCAGUAUGCCCAAUACUCAGGUUUUGUGGGUCCCCAGCAUUUCCAUACAAUGUGUAAGCUAUUAGGUUAUCAGGGGAUAGCAGUAGUGAUGGAAGAGCUAUUGAAAAUUGUAAAAAGUUUAAUUCAAGGAAACCUGCUCCAAUUCACAAAGACCUUGAUGGAAGCAAUGCCUAAAAUCUGUAAAUUGCCUCGAUACGACUAUGGAUCUCCAGGAGUUCUUAGUUACUACCACGCCCAACUUAAUGAUAUUGUUCAAUAUCCUGAUGCCCGUACUGAACUCUUCCACAAUUUCCGGGAAUUUGGAAACAUAAUAUUAUUCUGUUUACUCAUGGAACAAGCACUGUCUCAAGAAGAAGUAUGUGAUCUCUUGCAAGCCGCUCCAUUCCAGAAUAUACUUCCUAGGCCGUACUGUAAAGAGGGUGAAAAACCUGAAACAAAGCAGAAGAGAUUGGAAGCUAAGUAUGCAGCAUUACAAAUUGUAACGAAUAUCGAGAAAUUGGGAACUGCUAAGCAAGCUAUGAUAUCUCGGGAAGGUGACUUAUUAACAAGAGAGAGGUUAUGCUGUGGGUUGUCAAUUUUUGAAGUUGUUUUGAACAGAUUGAUGACUUUUCUCGACGAUCCUGUUUGGGUAGGAGUUCCUCCAGCUAAUGGCGUCAUCAAUGUUGAUGAAUGCACCGAAUUCCACAGACUCUGGUCGGCUUUGCAAUUUGUUUACUGCAUACCUGUCAGUGAGAAUGAAUUCACUGUUGAAGAGAUGUUUGGAGAGGGUCUUCAUUGGGCUGGUUGCACCAUGAUUGUACUUUUAGGUCAACAAAGGAGAUUUGAGGCUCUAGAUUUCUGCUAUCACAUAUUACGAGUGCAACGGGUGGACAUGAAAGAUGAAGUUGUCAAAAGAAUCAGCUUGAAGAGGAUGGUGGACAGAAUAAGAAGGUUUCAAGUACUGAAUUCACAGAUAUUCGCUAUUCUUAACAAAUUCCUAAAGUCCGGGGAGAAUGAUGAAUUAUCUGUGGAACAUGUUAGAUGUUUCCCUCCCCCUAUUCACCCAUCUUUGAAUACCCAACAGCAUUAUCACGCACCGGAACAUUUGAGACAAUGUUAGUUGUCUUUUUACAUCUGAAAAUCAUAGUAAUUAAUCUUUUUGCAAAUAUAUUGUGGUCUAGAUAUUGAAUAUACAUCUUUAAAUUAUUUAUAUUAUAUUAAUUUAUAAACGAACAAUAGACUACCUUUUUUAUAUUAUAUUAUUUCUUGGA